UCUCAACGUCCACGACCAGUCGCCUUUAAAUUCCUUUGGCACGCAGGCAGAGGUCAUUGGGAGGCACUGAUCCCCACGACUGUACUACACAUCAAGUCCAUCACUUCCCGAAAGCAAUAACCAUGGGUGCCACUCGCGCGCAGAAGGAGCUCUACUUCACCAAGCUGAAGGACUUGGUCGCCAAGUACCCCUCAAUCUUUGUGGUCAAUGUCGACAACGUCGGUUCGAACCAGAUGCACCAGAUCCGUGUCGCGCUCCGUGGCAAGGGUAUUGUCGUGAUGGGCAAGAACACUAUGGUCCGCCGUGCCCUCCGCUCCAUCCUCGCGGAGUUCCCCCAGUUCGAGCGUCUGCUCCCCCACGUCAAGGGCAACAUUGGUUUCGUCUUCACCUCAGGCGACCUCAAGGAGAUCCGUGACAUCAUCACGGCCAACAAGGUUGCGGCGCCCGCCCGUGCUGGUGCCCUCGCCCCCAAGGACGUCAUCAUUCCCGGUGGUAACACUGGUAUGGAGCCGGGCAAGACCUCCUUCUUCCAGGCUCUCGGUAUCCCGACCAAGAUCGCUCGUGGUACGAUUGAAAUCGUGUCCGACGUCCAGGUCGUCACUGCUGGUACCCGUGUCGGCCCGUCCGAGGCGACGCUGCUCAACAUGUUGAACAUCUCGCCGUUCACCUACGGUAUGACAGUCGUUCAGAUCUUCGACCAGGGCAACAUCUUCGCUCCCGAAGUUCUCGAUGUCUCUGAGGAUGAGCUCCUCAAGCGCUUCGCGUCUGGUGUCACGACCAUUGCUGCCAUUUCGCUUGCUCUCCACUACCCGACCCUUGUGUCCGUCACGCAUUCGCUGGUCAACUCGUACAAGAAUCUGAUCGCUGUUUCCAUUGCCACCGACUACACUUUCGAGGGCUCCGAGAAGAUCAAGGAGAUCCUCGCCAACCCGGAGGCGUUCGCUGCCGCUGCCGCUGCUGUUGCCCCUGCUGCCGAUGCUGCUCCCGCCGCUGCCGCUGCCGACGAGCCGGCAAAGAAGGAGGAAGAGGACGAAUCGGACGAUGACAUGGGUUUCGGUCUCUUCGACUAGACGCCAUCUGUACGCACGCUGCUGUCAUGCUAUGUAUCGUCGCACGCUCAAAAUACGACGCGGGUCGCGCCCGCACCACUGUAUCGACUAAUCCACUUUGUUUGAGCUUCUAAA